UACCAGGCUUAUGUCAACGCCUCCCAUUGCCUUCACAUCUGCAUUUUGCGGUUUGCAGAUGUCACUCUCGAAUUCCUUCAUUUAAAUGAAGGAAGUAGGUUGAAAACCUGUUGGAAAGCUGUGUAUUCGUGUGUUAAUUAGUUUUGGGCGUCUCAAAAGGAAGCCGAGACAAGGUUCUAACCAACAAUGCAGGCGCCAUACCCUCCUCCUUCUGCACCUCCAAGCGCCCCUUCAACUUCACAGUUUGUUACUCGUGUUCAGCUAAAUAUUUCUUGCAGAAAUCUGCGAGACAAAGAUGUCAUGUCUAAGUCUGACCCAAUGGCCGUGGUGAUGUCAUUUAAAGAUGGUGGCUGGUUUGAGGUGAAUAGUGUACAUAGGCAUAUAUUUGAUUUCAUUUCAACAAUGUUUUUGUUUCGCAAUCAACAGUCAAUUGAAAUAGCUUGAGAACCUCACUUACGGGCAGGGUCUAAAUAUAAUUUAAUGAUGUGGGUUGUUUGUUUCGCAGUUGUUUAGCAAGUUGGAGGUUUAUAGUUUUACAAGGAUAUUGCUACACAUUUAUGGGUAAAAUUUCCGCACAGCCCCAUCCUACAUUAUGCAUUCAGUUCUUGAACAGAGGAAACAAUGACAAAAAUAAUACAUUUCCGUUGGGAAAAUAGAUUUGUUUUACAAUAGUAUGGGGCUGUGCGGAAACUUUACCCAUUUAUGUUAUUGGAAAAAUCUCGGCGAUCCGAAAUUAGAUUAGAGAUUAGAGAUUUAUUAUUUCAGAUCGUUGGACUUCGUGGGGCAGGUUCUCCAGCAGUCAUUUAUGACGAAUGUAAAACAGCAAUCAAUUAUUCGAGAAUGUUUUUGAAAAUUAUUGUAUAUUUAAUAAUUAUCGACCUGUUUUAGUUCUCUCUUCAGCAAGUAAAAUAUUUGAGAAAUGUAUUUUUAAUCAGCUUAUGUCCUAUCUUACGGAUGAAGACAUGACUUCCUCCAAACAAUAUGGAUUUAGAUCAGGUUAAACAACCUUUGACUGUCUAAUUGGUCUUAUCGAAGAAUUAACUUCUGCUCUUGAUCAAGGAAACUAUGUGGUCUCUUUAUUCUUAGACCUAAGUAAAGCUUUUAGCAUUGUAAAUCAUCAAUUAUUAUUAAAUAAACUUGAGUAUUAUGGAUUACAACAAAGGGAAAGUAACUGUUUCCAAUCUUAUUUAAAUAACAGGAAGAAGUAGUUGCAUGUGAAUGGUGUUGCUUUUUAGUCAUGUUCCAUCUCCACCAGUGUACCUCAAGGAUUGAUACUAGGACCUUUGCCAUUCAUUAUUUUUAUAAAUGACCUUCUCAAGUCUUCUGCUUUUUUUUUACUCGAUUAUAUGUAGAUGAUACUCCUUUAACAGUUUCUGGAAGUGAUCUUGACAAUUUAAUGUGUGAAAUUAAGAAUCAUUUGCUAGCUGUCUACAAAUGGUAAUGCAGUAAUAAGUUGACCUUAUAUUUGACGAAAACUGAGUAUCUUAUUUUUAUGCCUUGUCAAAAGGAAAAUUACAAUUUGUAUCCACCAUCAAGUGUAGUAAAUGUUCAUUUAGAGAAGUCCUCUUUUAUGUCAGAUACCUUAGUGUGUAUAUUGACUGUCACCUCACUUGGUGUGACUAUAUAUAUUGACUACAUAUGUGGCAAAAUUAGCAAAAAUAUAAAUAUAAUGGUUAAGUUAAAACAAUUUGUCCCAAAAGCAACACUUAUUAGUUUGUAUUAUUCUCUUAUAUAUCCUUUCCUUACUUAUGCUUGUACACUAUGGGGAAAUAAUUAUAAUGCUCCACUGUCUCAAAUUGUAAAAUUACAAAACAAAGUGGUUUGUAUUAUAAAUUAUGUUCCUUUAAUGUAAUCAACAACUCUACACUACGUAUCUCCUUAAGUCUUUUGAAAUUUUUUAUUCAUUUUAUCACGAUAAUUACUAGUAUCUUAGCAUAUGUUGCAUAUUUUAAUUUUAUCAUAGUAUAUUUUAAAUAAUUAUCAGUUAGAUAUCCUGUAUUAAAUUGCUAUAGAUAGAAAUCAUGUAAUGCGCGCUUGAUCAUUUCAUGGAAAGCGCGCAAUAUAAGAGUUAAAUUAUUAUUAUUAUUAUUAUUAUUAUUAUUAUAAUUUCCUGAUAUUGUUAAACUGAACACUUGACUUGUAUCCUUUUUUAUGAUUAUUUCCAGAAUGAAAAGUUUCCUACUUUACCUGUUUCACUAGUAUCUGAGCUACGUAACUACAAUACCUGCAGUGCCGCCAUCAUCUAAUCAAGUAGUCAUACCUUCAUUUUGAAUUUAUCUCAGGAGAUUCUGCCUGAGUGUUAUUGGUAGAUUCUUUUGGAAUAGUAUCCCAUAAUUAGUGAGAGGCAAACCAUCAAAAGAGAUGUUUAGAAAAGCACCCUUACACUGGUACCUUCCUCAAUACUUAUGAAACAUCAUCUCUGACAAUUUACUGAGCUAUUUUUGAAAGUAUUCCUCUACUUUUUUACUAAAAAAUUACAAGUUUUUUGUUAUACUGAUGUAACUUAAGGGGCACAAUAAUAUUUUAUCUAGAGGUGUCCCUUUCCUCUUCUUCCCAUAUACAAUAUGACUCAAUUUAAGUGGUUUAAUUUUGUAUUGUAAAUUUUCUUUCCUUGAAAAAUUUUGUAUUUUUUACAUACUUUUUCACCUUAAAUCUAAUUCUGUAUUAUCACUUGCCAAGGUUUGGAGGAAAAAAAUGAUUAAAAAUAAACAAUUUAUAAUAAAAAUUAUUUCAGUUUUCUUAAUUUUGAUUAUGGCUUUAUGACCUUUAAAUUUCAAUUGGCAAGUCAGACUUCAUUAAUCUUGCAUUUUAGGUCAACUCUUCCUGUUUACACUUUUCAAAAAAAUUUGUUAAAAGUCAAUAAACUUUAUUUAAAUAUGCUGCCCGCCCAUGCUCUUUUUCUGUACAUAAAACGAGAACUGUUCUGAAAGCUGUAAACUGUUAUUACUAUUUACAGGAGGAACUAUUUUUAAGACUGAAAUAGAAACAAUAGUUCACCAUUUUGGUCAUUAAAUGUACUAAAAAAGAAAUAAUUAGAAGUGGAUGUGUAUUUUUGAGUGUAAUACUACUUAAUCCCAUUGAAGGUGACAUGUACAAGUUUGUCAUCUCGCACAAUGAAAAAUUUUCUUUGGGAGGUGUGGAUGAAAUUUGUUUCAGUAGAGAUGAGCUGAUUCAAGAAUGUUAUACUCCUUUCAGUAUGCAAUAGACAUCUAUUUGACAACAUGUUUUUAAAUCUCAGGUUGGAAGAACAGAAAGGUUGGAUAACACAUUGAACCCUCAAUUUUCAACAGCCAUUAUUAUAGACUACUUUUUUGAGGAGCUGCAGAAGUUGAAGUUUUUCAUCUAUGACAUUGACAGUUCAUCCAUGAGUCUAAAGUCUGCUGAUUUCUUAGGGGAAAUGGAGUGCACUUUGGGUCAGGUAGUCUACAACUUUUUAUACUCAGCUACAUCUAUGUUUAACAGUUUAACUACACUGAACUCCAAAUGAAUAAAUCUUAAACUGCAUGCAGAAAUAUCACAGAAUAAUUAUUUGUAGCCACUCAGGUAAUUUAUCAUUCAUUAGCUGUAAAUUCUUGCUCCACAUUUCAGUAUCAUAAAAGUCUGCACACUUGUAGCUAACAGUCUCUUGCUGCCAAAGGUUUUCCUGAUUUCUGAUAAUGGAAGCACUAAUGGAAUUGAUGAUAAUUUUGCUGCUAAUCAUUUUAUAACAGAUGUACUUAGCCCAUCAUAGCUUAACUCACCAAGCAGGUUGUUACUUUUGGUUUCAAGUGAGGUUUCACUAUUACCCUGUAUGUACUCCUUUAUAGAGAGAAGUUCUUUUAGAGCAAAGUGAUUAACCACAUUGUGUAAAUACAUCUCAUUCAAUGGUUUAACCUAUAAUACAUGCAUAUUUUUUGCAUGUUAUAAAGUAUUUCUCCAAGCUUCAUAAUAAGAGCAGAGAAAGAUAUAAGGAAUGAGCAGAAUGUCUUCUCAUAUUAUAUGACUUGUGAACCAUUGAAUGAGAUACUCAUAAUUUUGGCAUUAUUAUUUCAUUUUCAAGUGUUUUGGUACAUCUGAGCACAGUAUUAAUUGAAAAUGGCCUGUGUGAAAGACAGAAGUAAAACCAACGACGUGCUUUCUGACUAACAAAAACGAUAUAAGGUGCCAAGAAAUUAUUUCUUGAAAAGUCAAGCCUUAAAAAUGGAAGUUUGGAUCACUUAGUGUGGCCAUUUUGUUGCUCUGCUUUCUGUCCACCAUGCCAUACAAUAUGCCAUACCAUGCCAUAUUUUGCAUGUUUUAUUUCCCUAUUGUGGUAAAAAGGCGUGGUAAAGGAAUAAUAUUACAUAUCAUACGACAACCCUGGUUAGAUCUUCAUUGUAAUAUUUUCAAUUCAAAGUACCAGGUGCUAGCUAUAACAAAAGAGCCCUAUUCAUUCAAUAACAAUUAAAGUAAAAAACUAUGAGAUGUGUUACUGAAUUUCCCUGAUCAUGAUUUCUCAUGUUUGUUUCCAGCUUGUGUCAUCUGGAACUUAUACAAAACCACUAGCUCUUAAAGGUACUGCUGAGAAUCGAGCUGGGAUGAUAACGGUGGGUUGAUAUUGUAAAUAUUUUAACAAACCCACCCUCCCUCCUUCUUAACAACUAAAAAUUACAAAAUGAUAUCAUAAGGCAAAAUGAUAGUGGUAAUGCUAAGAUCAUUGUUUUUUACAAGUAUUAGAUGAAUUAUUAAUAAUUCUUUAGUUAGUAAUUUGGUCCCAGUACUGUUUGAUGUUAACUAAACACUUGUAUUCAUUUUUUAAAUAACCUGCUGCAAUUAUUAGGUGGUAGCAGAAGAAGUUUCUGGUGGAAACGAUGAGGUGCAUUUCCAGUUUAGAGCUGAAAAGUUAGACAAAAAGGUUGGUGGCAUGGCUUUGUUAUGACAAAUAGUGCAUACUGUUUUCUACAAUGAAAUUAUGAUGGAAGAUAAGCAGAAUUAACUCAACAGCAGAGGUUACCAGGAGUAGUGCCACUACUGUGGACUUCUAGAUCUGGGCUGGGUUGUUUAUCCUUUCACUCCCAAUCUCUGAAAGCUAAAUUCUCCAAACAACUGGUUGUAUGUAUAGUUCUCUUUGGAACGGUCCUGAGAAUAUGGGGUUACAUUUAAGCAAUAAACCCCUGAUUGAUAAUCUUCUUAAUUCUCAUAAUCUGAUAACAUGCCAGUGUGUAGAAACAGUGAGGAAAAUUGAUGAUGCGAUUUCUCCUGUAAAUUAAAAGAAGACCAACAAGGGUAAGGGUGACUUUUGGAAUGGACGUAGUUUUAUGGCAUUUUUUUUUUCAUAGCAGGGGUGAUUUGCAUGAAACAUGCACACACACAAGCCAUAUUAUCACCAAUUUUACCUAAGGUAGAGCAACUUAUUUUAAUGUGAUAAAUGUGUUUUUAAGAUGCUUAUGCAUGUAUGUUCCAAUCUCUUAAAAUUUUUGUCAAGGAUUUUCUUGGAAAGAGUGAUCCCUAUUUGGAAUUUGCAAGAUCGAAGGAAGAUGGAAGUUUUGUUGUUGUACAUAGGACAGAGGUUAGUUAGUGAAUGUACAUGAUUGGAUAAGAUGUAUAUUUUUGAUGCCUUCUAUAGUUACAAUGACCUUGUUUUUAUCAACCUUUAUACAGGUUAUUCAGAACAACCUAAAUCCCAAAUGGAAACCAUUUCAGAUUCCAGUGCAGCAGCUGUGCAAUGGAGAUUAUGACAGGACUAUUCGAGUAAGUACUUAAAGAAGGAUAUCGUAGUUCUUUCCAUCCAACUGAAAUACAGUUUCCUUCAAAAGAUCUAAGGAAAACUAUAAAGAAAAGUGAUCGACCUGGAGAUAAAUUUUGUCCUGUAUCUGGAAGACUUGUGGAUAAACUUAGAGAGUUAGCACACAUUUUAUUGAGGGGAUACCCUCAGCCAAAGAACAAAAACUUGUCUCCUACAGUCUUAAAAAGGCUCCCAUACCCUUUUCAUAUGUUACCUUCCUUGAAAAGACACAAUUAUUGUCUUUUUUCAUAAGGACAUGCUAAUAUUAGUCUUGAGUAUAUCCCUGAUUAGAAAUUCCAUUAUAUUUGUUGCAUUUUUUAAAAGGGAUACCUCUGUAUAGGGGAUCUUUUCCUUGUCCUGAUUGUGUAUCUUGAAUAAAGUUCCAUAGUGAUGGAUUGUAUAUGUUGCCUUCAUUGAAGGGACACCUCUAAAUUAUUAUGUAGAGGGACACUUUUUCUAAAUGUAAGGGUGUUCCCUGGGCAUGGAAGUUUCAAAUAAUAUAAUAUUAUUUUCCAUCGUUUUUUUUAGAUUUUGUGUUAUGAUUGGGAUUCUGAUGGAUCACACGACUUUAUUGGUGGAUUUACAACAAAUCUUCGUGAGAUGUGCUCUGCUCAACCAUCAAGGGAGGUACAGAACAAAGUUAAAGACAUUUAUUUGAAUUUAGUGUAGCACCUGGAAUUUAUGCUCCUGUUGUUCAAAGUUUUCCUUGGUGUCAAAUUUUUGAAGCUGUAACCUCUAGAAUCUGGUUUUAGUUAUUCUCCUCUUUAGGAACAAGGUGUUUCCUAGAAUAUUAGUUACCAAAUGAUAAUUUAAUAUUUCAUCAACUUGAAGAUAACACUUUCUUGCUGAUCAAUGUCUAUUCUCAUUAGCUAUAUUCUGGACUAUGUAUCAAAACUGUAAAGAGAAGUAGCAUGUUGGUCACUUCUGGAAGUUGGAGUGUAAACUCCUGUAAUAUUGAUUCUUGGAAUCCUUUACGUAAGACUUCAGUUUCUAAGAUUUGAAAUAAAAUCACUGAGAAGCUUAAUGUCAUUAUUUAAUUGCUUUCAAUUGGUGAUUUUUAUCUCUCUUUAAAAGCUGAAUAGAUAAAUUAUCAUGAAACCCAUACAGUUGAUCAGUAGAUCAGCCUUAACAGUUAAGUUUUUUUAUUGAUAGGGAACAAAUUAAAAUAAUUGAUGUAUCCUCUGGCUUGUUUUUAGUGGCCAUGUAUUAAUGAAAAGAAACAGAAGAAAAAGCGUGGUUACAAAAAUUCUGGAGUAGUUUUUGUUAUGAAAUGUGAGGUUGGUUUUCUGAUUUUCAUUAGUAUAAUUGAAAUUGUUGUUUAGUUAUAAGUCUUCAAUUGAUUUUCUGUAAUUUGUUUAGGACAUAUACAAUUAAUAUCAAAGAGAUUAUUGUUCCUCUUGAAAGACAAAGUUUCUUAUAGACAAAUCAUUUCUGUUUAGAGACUAUUGAGACAGCAAAAGGGUCACUCUUUACUGCGAUUUAGCCCAGUUUUAAAAAACAAUCCAAUUUUAGGGUUGUGCUUAUUAAUUCCCUUGGUUACUGGAUAAUCUUUUUGAAGUGUUUUAUCAUCAUCUGUUAAAAAUUAUCCUUUCAUUAGGUUGUGAAAGUAUCUUCGUUCUUAGACUUCAUUCAAGGUGGCUGCCAGCUAAACUUCACAGUAAGUUGUAGAUUUAUGUUUAACUUGAUGAAAAUAAGAAAUCCAGGGAGAGUUCUUUAAUUUAUAUUAUUUUGUCUCAGCCUUACCAAUGUUGAUUCAAAAUUCUCUCUCAUGGCUCAUAUACUUUUUGGAGUUGAGUCAAGGUUAUUCUCUCUAGCUGAUGAAUUUGUCUAUUAUCACUUAUAUAUGCUGGAGUAUGUAUAGACAUAGUAAUAGGAAGUUACAUGUUCACACUUAUCUGAUGAUUAAAGGAGUCAAGAAUUCAGUGAGGAGAAGUGUGGGUAGAGGGACAAACUUGAAAAUGUGUUCAAGUUGCACUUUGUUUUACUUAAUAGCAAACUUUCUGAAAGAUCAGCUAUGUUAAUUAUUUCUGUUUUUUUUUUUCAAUAUCUGUUUGGAAAUUUAUAACAACAAUCUUAGAGCAGUGUUGAUAGCUUUGGGUAUCCAUUUAUUGUUAUGAAAAUAAAGAGACAACUUCUGAUUCACAUUGUUCAUUUCUGAAUCAAUAACUACAAUGUUCUUUGAUAAUAACCAAUAGGUUGGUAUAGAUUUUACAGCUUCCAAUGGUGAACCAAACCAGUCAACAUCCCUUCACUACAUCAACCCUUAUGCACCAAAUGAGUAUCAGCAGGCUCUGACAGCUGUAGGAGAAAUCAUCCAGGACUAUGAUAGGUGUGUAGAUUUGAGGACAGUUUCAUGCCCUCCAUCAGUCCAGAAAACUGACACAUUAUUUUGUAAAUUUUCUAAACCAAAAACCGCAUGCAAAACCAUCAAAACUGACAAAUUUUCACAUCCCUGUUAUCAAAACUUUAAAUGAUCUAAUUCACAGCUAUUCAAGAUCAUAAUGGUGGUGCAACUGUGACCCAAAUAGGAAAAGUCAAAAAACCCUAUUGGAUACAAAAUCCAAAAGCCCAGGAGUGCUUUUUAACGAAUACCAAAACCCAAAUGUUUUAAAACAGACAAUCUGUGAACUGCAAUGAACACCAAAACUGCAAAACCAAAAAUCCCAAUGCCUCCCUCCGAUAGUACCAGUGUGCAGGACAACUGGUUGAAAGGUCCAGGUCUGAGGGCUAGCUUUGGCUCUGAGUAAAUACAUGUAGUCCUGCAAAAGGCACUUUAACCUUGAAAACAUCAAUCAACGAAUUAUGAUUAUCAUAGCAUUUUAACUCAGCAAUGAGGUGCAUGCAGCAAAGUUGAUUAAAAUCAUGUUUUGAUGUGAGGAAAUAAGUUUUGUAGUUGUAUAUAAAUCAUUGUUAUCACAUUCCUAGUGAUAAACUCUUUCCAUCCUUUGGAUUUGGAGCAAGAAUUCCACCGACAUAUCAGGUAGGUUUUCCAGGCAGAACAUUUUAUUAGUGAUAUUCUAAAAAAUACCUCAGCGUUUUUCACUAUUUCUUAAAAAUCUGAGAAACACGUUUCUUAAUGUCCCAGUUCGUUUAUUUUAGUUGGUGUAUUUAUUUUUCCCCUAGGCUUUACUCUUUUCAUAUUUUUUCUUUCCAGUUUUUAAGCAUACAUCCAAGGCAGCUGUCAUCAAAUUGUGAUGUGGGAUUGAUAUUUCUAGGCUUUAAGUUUUGAAAUUGAAAUUUACCUGUAUAGUGAAAGUGACAAGAUUCUAAUGGAAAGGAACUGCUGCACAAACCCUUUUUUUUUUCAUUUCAGGUUUCUCACCAGUUUCCAUUGAAUUUUAAUCCCAAUAACCCAUAUUGUGCAGGUGUGAACUUCAAUUAUUUAUAAUUUAUUUGUUAUCAGUUUUAAAUGUCCUGACUAAGAAUUAUUUACCUGAGAAGAGCUUCAACAUGAAAUUAACACGCUGUAUUUAUUGCUCUUUGCAACUUCAGAACCAGUAGGCUUCUAGAGCAUAUUCAUAUAAUGUCACAACUUGAUCAUUACAUUGGUGUUUGUAACCUAGUCUUGUUACUUUAUAGGUCUUGCUGGUUUGGUACAAGCUUAUCAAGCCUGUAUACAAAGUGUACAACUUUAUGGUCCAACAAACAUCUCACCUAUCAUCAACCAUGUGGCUCACUUUGCACAUGAAGCAGCCCACUCCCAAACUGCCACUGUAAGUUGUAAAAACAGGGACAUGCUUUAUCUAAUCCAACACAUAAAUAAUUAUUUACAAUUGUAUUUACCAAAGUUUUGUAACACCUUAUUUCAAUUUUAUCAAGUAUCUUAGGGUAUAGUUAACCAAUGCCACAUUGUCCACAAUUUAUUAUUGCUUGAAUUGCUUUUUUAGAACUACUUCAUACUACUGUUAUUGACUGAUGGUGUAAUCACAGACAUGGAUCAGACCAAGGAGGCUGUAGUGGCGGCAUCAGCACUUCCCAUGUCAAUCAUUAUUGUGGGUGUUGGAAGUGCUGACUUUGCAAUGAUGGAGGAACUAGAUAGUGAUGACCAAGUGUAAGUACUUGUUCAUGGAGUUAAGUUAAUAUUUUCCCUUCCAAUAGGACUUAAAUGUAACUCUGUCUCAGCAUUUUAUCAUUGACUGUUGUUCAGUCUUACUUCUUGUCUUCUUGCAUUUUUCAUCUUGCUGGGCCAUACAAAUGCAGGGCUUUUUUCUGGCCAUUUGAACUUGGACUUUAUUAGUGUCAAUCAAUGAAAGUGUCUGUGUGGCCACACAGGUGACAUGAAUCAGAAUAUAGAUUCACAUUCUUGAUUAGUAUGUCUUAGCAUACAAGCAGGUUUUCACAGACACCGGAGCUCAGACAAGCUCUUCCUACCAAAGUAAAGCUGGUGAGAAAAAUUGCUGCUUCUGCCACAAUACCUAUAUGAGUGCCCAUAUGCACAGGUUAACAAUUUAAGGACAGGAUAGUUGAUUAUAUUCAGUGUUGUGUUUUAUGUAUUCAGAUCUGCAUAGAAAUGAUCAGAGGUAAUCAGAGUCAUAUGUAUGGGUCACUUAAAAUGUUAAGUAUAGUGAACCCGAAAAUGCAGAUUAGAGCACUGUUAUUACACCUUGCUGAGUAGAUAAUUUAUUCUCAUUUUUGCCAGCAGGUUGAUGGCUCAUGGAAAAGCUGCUCAAAGAGAUAUUGUUCAGUUUGUCCCCUAUAGGAAAUUUAAAAAUGUAAGCUUUGUAUUGAUCAUCCUUUUACAAACCACAUUUGGUUUUUCCAUGGGAAGCCCAUAAUUCUUUUGCAUGGGUUCCUGGACUGUCACUGAAAAGCAAGUGAUUGUUUAUUAUUUCAGCUUGAGAGACCACUCCCUUGUUUGAAAUUUCCUCUUUUCCCCCUUCCUUAGGAUAUAUAUUCAUUUGGUAUAAUUAUAUUCUAGAAUAUGGCUUUCCAGGGAAAGUUUUUUCCUAUUCAGGUAUGAUUCCAUUACAAACCCUUUACAAGGAUGUCACCACCAGUCAAGAUGGCUUGAUAUUGGCCACAUUGUGUGGGUGUGUCAGUGUGUUAUGGGCAAGGUGAAAUUUUGGUCUACAUUAUGAACGAGAAAGCCAGCCUAAUAAACCAAGAGUUUAUCUUAUCGAGGGAAGUCAAUACAGUCAUGUAAAUUCAGUUGCUAAUUCAAAACAGGUGCUUGUCAAGGGAAUCAAUUCAAACACAGAUUUCACUUCAUCUUACCCACAUGCAGAGCUAGUAAUAAAAUAAUAAAUAUCUUCUGAUCAUCAACUAAGAAUUUAUGGCAUGAUCAAUAGAGUAAGUAGUAAGCUUGUGUUUUAGGUUUCUCCUGCUGCCUUAGCAAAAGAAGUCUUGGCUGAGGUUCCCAAGCAACUGACAGACUACUUCAGGGCAAGAAACAUUUUACCACAACAGAGACCAAAUGUGAAUAUUCCAUAAAAGAGGAUACACAAGACAAGACUAUUGUACAAGUUACAGCUUACAGUUGGCUUUUAAUUAUGGAAAAGUUGUGUAAAAAGACCAGAAAUAUAAAGUCCAACAAGUUAAAACUAUACUUAUUUAUAUCAGUAGUAAGUCUUGGUUUUUUAAAGAUGUAUAAAUCCCUUAUAUGUCAUAGUUUUCCCCACGUGAGUUGUAGAAAGGUUAAUAUGGAAUUGAAAUUUAUUUCAGAAAUCUAGGGUUUAGAUAUUUUAAAGUUUGCCAAUAAUUAUCUUUAACCCUUUUAUGUCCUUAGAUCAGUAGUCUCCAUGCUGUUCUUUAGACAUUUCCUAAGGUGCUGACAAGGAGAAUUUAUUUAACAAUGAAGGGCCUCUUUAACUGGUGAUAAUUUCCUUUAAGGAAGUGACCUUAAUUUGGUAUCCAGUGGUGAUAUUGUAAGGGAAUAGAUUUGAGUUACUUUUAAGGGGUCAAAAGGUUUAAAAGUAAGUGGAGAAGAUUUCUGAUGUGUAUGAAGUAAUCUUUCCUUCCUCAUUUAGUUGGUUUAGUAGAAGGUAGUCAUUAAAAAACUACCUCUUGGCACCUUUGUCUUCAGUGUGAGUUAUAGAUUAUCAGUGAAGAUGCUGGAUUGCAGCUAUGCGAGGAGCAUGUUUGCAAGUUUUCAUGGGUGAUCUUGACUGAUGAGUGUAUUUCUUAGCUUAUUUAAUAUGUACUUUUGAUUAGGGAAACAGACUAAGCUGAAUCAUGCAAAGGCAAAUUAUAGAUACUUUUAGUUAAUCAACUGAAAUAGUGUCUAGACAAUCCUAGUCUGUACAACUGUAAGACCUUAAUAUUGUUAUUUUACUCCAAAAUAGUGGUCAGUGUAAGGGGAAAAUUCCAGACAAGUGUGCAGUAAAAAAUGUAACAUCAAAAAAUGUAACAUCAUCAGAAUUCUACAUGCUUUCAUCCAGAAAGUGACAAAAUGAGUUGUUCAUUUUCUGGUGUAAAGUUCCCAGCAGUGGGUCAAUCUCAACAUCACUCAGAAAUCUAGAAUGAUCCUUGUGACGUGCAGUUGAGACAUAGUUGGGCUUCUUUACAAUUAGCAAUAAAAACUACAUGUAUCAUCAAUCAUCAUC